AUGGCAGAAGAAGUCAAGGCUAAUGGUGCUUUAAGUGCGCAAGCUGAAGAACUAAAAACUCAAGGCAAUCAGAAAUUCAAAGAAGCUCAUUUCUCAGCUGCCAUUGACUUGUACACACAAGCUCUAGAGCUGGUCCCUUCCGCAAUCCUUUUCUGCAAUCGAUCUGUGGCUCAUCUCAAGCUAGAAAACUAUGGAUACGCGGAAGCAGAUGCCACUCGAGCUAUCGAAUGUGAUCCUACCUACAUAAAAGGCUACUACCGCCGUGGCUCUGCUUUCUUUGCAAUGGGAAAAUUUAAGCAGGCAAUCAAAGAUCUAAAAACAGUCUGCAAGAUCGUGCCAAAUGACCGUGACGCUAAGACCAAGCUUGCGACAGCCCAAAAAGAACUCAGGGCUAUUUUAUUUGCUGAGUGUUUGGAACGAGAAACCCCGCCUCCACUGAACCCAGAAAAUAUUAUUGUCCCUGACUCAUAUCAAGGGCUUCACCUGCCUGACGUUGUAACUGAGAGCUGGGUGGUUAAUUUGAUGCAAGAAUUCAAGGAUCAGAAAAAAUUGCACAAAAAAUACGUGGUCAUGAUAUUACUAACUCUCCCCUUUCCGUGAGUGAACAAAACAAUUAGAAAAUCCCUAUUUCGCCCCUCCUUGAGCGGACAAAUUUUUUUUUUAAAAAAAAAAAAUUGAUAUAUAAGUGAUAAAUAGUAAAAUCUAUAGCUAAUUCUGUUUAAUUUUUUUAAAAAUAUUAAAUUGAUAUUUGCUUUCCAAUUUUUGCGAAUUAGGAUUUUUUUAAAAUUUCGAAAAAAAAAAUUUCUAUAAAAUUUAUAUAUAAAUUUUUUUUAAAAAAAAUUUAACCCCUUCCAAGCAUUUUUUGUUCACUCACGGAGGGGGGGAAUAAGAAUUAGAGAAAUUUUGUCAAGAUAUACGUCUCUGGUAUAUGUGAAUAUCCCAGAUAAUGACGAAAUUACAGUCUGUGGCGAUGUGCAUGGGCAGUAUUACGACUUAAUGAACAUUUUCCAAGUCAACGGGAGGCCGAACAUAGACAACCCUUACUUGUUUAACGGUGAUUUUGUGGACAGAGGCUCCUUUUCUGUAGAAGUCAUUUUGACGCUUUUUACUUGGAAACUCUGCUACCCCAAUCAUUUCCACCUGACAAGAGGAAAUCACGAGUCAAAAAACAUGAACAAGAUGUAUGGAUUUGAAGGAGAAGUAAUGGCUAAAUACGAUGCUGAAGUAUAUGACCUUUUUAGCAAUGUUUUCUGCUAUUUACCAUUAGGCGCUGUUUUAAAUAAUAAAGUCCUAGUGGUCCAUGGAGGUCUUUUUGCACAGGACGGAAUCAAGCUUGCAGAUAUUGAUAAUACAGACAGAGUCCGAGAGCCACCAGAAUCAGGAAUUAUGUGUGAUAUCCUAUGGAGUGACCCUAUAAAACUAAACGGUAGACAUCCUAGCAAACGCGGAACCAGCAUUAACUUCGGCCCAGACGUUGCCCAUGCCUUUUUGAACGAAAAUGGUCUCGAUAUCCUUGUCAGAUCUCACGAGGUCAAAGAAGAAGGCUACGAAGUCGAAGCUAAUGGCAGAGUUAUCACGAUUUUCAGUGCUCCAAACUACUGUGACCAAAUGGGAAACAAAGGCGCCUUUAUCAGGUUCAAAGGAAGCGAAAUGAAGCCUAAAUUCACCCAAUUUUCGGCAGUUCCUCAUCCAAACAUCCCAGCGAUGAAUUAUGCUAGACAAUUUAUGUUUAGUUAA